AUGCCCGGGCAUCUUGGACAAACGCAACCCGCCAUGCGCACGACAGAGUCCAAGCAAGCGCAGGCGCAGGCGCAAUGGAAGACCUUCUUCCACCGGUGUCUGCUACACCGGAUUGACGCCGCCGAGUUUCGAGAGCUGAGCAAGCUGCUGUUUCAGCGGUAUCCGAUCAAUGACGCACCGCUGGUGGAUGCAUUGCUGGCCACGCGAGUCGCUUCAGCUGUCAAAUGGGACCCUCUGCUCCCGCUUUAUAUCGACGGGUUGUGCAAGACGGGCCGUGUAAAGAUAUCGACUGUUUUGGUGUGCUUGUUGAAGUCCUCCUCUGUGCAUGACAAGCCCGUGGUGUCUGGUGCUGAAGCGGAUGCAGAUGCAGAAGCGGAUGCUACGUCUGCGUCUGCGCGAAAGGAAGACUCAGCGUCCAAGACGAAGUGCUACACGCUCAUGUCUGACAACCGGGUCGUGCAGGAUGUGAUGCUGGCGAUUUCGACGGGCGCAACGGCAAAGAUGCCACUGCUGGAGAUGAUCCAUGCGUUCUCGGCUGUUGCGGAUUGGGUCCAGGCCAUUGUGGGCUGGCAUAACGGGUUGCUUGGUGCUGGGCAGCCUGUUGGGAUGAUGGGGACGCCUGAUGGGGUUUUGUUGUUUGAGUCUGUGGGGAUCCUGUUUGCUGCUUUGGCGGGGACGGCGAAGGGGCUGGAGGUUCUUUCGGCGGAUUCUCAUGAGGCACUUAAAGUACGGCUUGGACAGGCGCUUUCGGCGUGUCUUCCCCUUUGUGAGGAUGUGUCGCCACCCUUGCGUAACCGGCUUGAUGCUCUGCAGAAGGAAUUCAAUCUGUAUGGACAACCGCCGUCCAAGUUGGAGGUCUCGAUGAUGGAUAACGUCAAUGUCAAUGCGCUUAAUUUUGAGGCGUCGGUGAUUGACGGGCCAACUAUAAACUCUAGAGCUGGCCUCUACGUGUAUAUUAACGCGAUGCUUGUCGGGCGUCCUUUGGUUGAUGAUAGUAUAUUACUCAAUUAUCUUCUUAAUCGCUAUGCAGGUCACUACGAGGCCCUCAUCGAGGAAAUCAUAACAGCAUCAUUCGACGUUCUGUCAAACGCAAUGUACCGCAACGAGUCCGGUCGGACAAUGCUUUUGCUUCGCUCAUUUCUAGUCAACAAGCUCCCCCCAUUUUUCUCCGCCAUGCUGUCCGUUUCAAUGGUAACUCUGCCAAUGGAAGUCUGCAUCAGCCAUGCCCUGAGCCGAAUAGACCCGAAUACGUUCCCGUCCUUUUCCCAGAUGUUUUCAAUGCAGGGCAAUACACCGCUUUCAGACGUGCGACAGGAGUUCUUGUUCUCGUGUGCUUCGCACAAGUUGAUUCCAGAGGCCAGCAUUGAGCGGUUACUAGGCGAAAAUCCGAUGCAGACUCUUCCUGUGGGAGGCUCGUUUGUCAAGGAUGAGCUCGUGGCGCAGAUCAACGCCAACCAUGAGCGUGCGGAGCAGUUGGUCAGUGAUAUCGAGUCAACGGAGGGCAAUGCAGGCGCUAUUGUUGGCGCUAUUACAGAGGUUAUGCACAAUCUCUGCAUUCAAAAAGAAACAAUGACGCUAAAAAAUAUCUGCAAUUCUCUAUCACGCCGACCGCAGUCCCUCGAUAUCAUGCUCCUUUUCCGCAGCCCGAAGCAAAUCCUGCAGCCGCUCUGCGCUCUCCUCGAUGCCUGGCACUGGGACGAAGACCAGGGCGAGAGUCAGCCGGUAUACGACGAAUUCGGAAGCAUUCUGCUGCUAGUGUUGACCUUCAAGUACCGGUACGAUCUGCGGCCGUUCGACCUAGGCAUUACGAGCAGUAAUUCGUUCAUUCUCAAGCUGAUCGAGCGGGGCUCGUCGAGCCUGAAGCUCGAUGAGCUUAGUGAGAAGCAGAACAAGAAUCUGGGCGAAUGGAUAGCGGCACUUUUUAUCGCCGAGGGGAUCAGUGAGGAGACCAUGUCUGCCUGCAGCCCGCAGGAAUUCUACAUGCUUGUCUCUACGCUCUUCCGCCAGAGCCUGGGGGCGUGCGAAGCGGGAAAGCUAGAGUUUGAUACACUGAAAGGAGGGUUUGAAUACCUGCUUGAACCGUUCCUCCUCCCCUCACUUGUCGUCGCACUGACCUGGCUGGGCAACCACAUCUGGGAAAGCGAGCAGGAUCCAACCAUCCCACUCAAAACCCUCCAGUCACUCGUCACCCCGAGCUCGAUCUCAGGCGAGGGGCGCGAAAUCCACCUCACAGUCCUCAACAUCACCGCGCGCUCGCUUGAAGAACAACUUAAAGACGUCCGCACCCGCCACCCAAACCGCUCAGACAUCAAACCCAUCCUCGACGCGCUCGAACCAUGCCUCUCCUUCCAGCGCACCGGCAGCUGCCACAAAUCCGAGCUCGACCCCUGGACCGCCCACACCCCCGGCGGCCUCCUCGGCAGCAUCCGCAACACCUUCCAAUCCCUCCUUCUCUGGAGCACCAGCCCAGAUGUCUCAAUGGCACCGCCCUCCUACACCCACCGCCAACUCACAGCCGCCAUCCGCACCCUCGGCGCAACCCGCGUCCUAACAGCCCUCCUCGACGAACUCCUCAAAGUCCAAACCGAAUCAACAACAAACACCAACGCCAGCGCCCCAGACCUCGCCCUCGACAUCGCUGCAACCCUCAUCUCCGCCCCGCUCGCAGAAUCCUACACAGUCGACCAAUCAACCCACCACCCGCCCUCGGCCUCCUCUAAAGAGCCAACCCCACGCUGCGCCCCCCUCACCCUCCGCGACGCCCUCAACUUCCUCCACGAAAGCAUCCCCAAACUCUCCGAGAAGGACCCCCUGCGCGCUGGACUUGCCGUACGGUUAUACCGACGUGUCAACACCCUCCUUGCCCCGCCCGCUCAAGCCCACCAUCAUCACCACCACCACGACCCAAACCUCGACAUGAACAUGGGCGUCAACAUGAACAACAUAAUCGACAACAUGAACCUCGACGUCGGCGACGUCGGCACCGACAACGCUGACCAGAAUAUAAACAUGGACAUGAACCUAAACGAACAGGGCCAAGGAGGCCAGGGAGGCCAAAACGUCACAGACCCCGAACACGCAAACCUCAAUCAGAUCAUGGGGAAUGCUGCCGCGGCUGUGGGGUUGGAUAUGGAUAUGAAUAAUAUGAAUAGCAUGAAUGUAGACGUGGAUAUGGGGAGCGGGGGAGACGGGAUGGAGGGGCUGGGGCUUGGUGUUGGCGAGGGGGACCAGAGUAUUGAUGAUGUGUUGAAUGCGGCGGAGAUGAAUCCUGAGUUUUUGGAUUUGGAUAUGGAGGGGAUGUUCUAG